UCUAAUAAGCCGAUUGCAGACACGUUUAACUCGCGAGACGAGGGGUCACUUCUUAUGUAUUUGAGAUUUGAGACCCUGUUUUCCAAAUUCGCGAUUCGUGUGUGCUGGAUUUUUGUUGAUAACGAAGUGCGGUGAAAAUUCCGAGUGUGAUUGGACACGGGCAAAUUUUCACCUUGCGGGGGUAGGUUUGUCUUAACGUGCCAGUUAUUUCCUCCCAACAGGCUUGAUUGGUUCAAGUUUCAAGCUUUAAAGGCGAGAAACCCAGCCGAAAUGCCGCCGAAAUGUAAUUUACAUAAAUCACGGAGUCGGGGCCGAGGAUGCGGAAAAGCUUCAUGAAGGUGAGAAAAACACUGCCAGAGGCGUCAAAAAGGUUUGCCACAGGGAGUAUUUUUAAUAUACAUAUCCAUCCUUUCGUUACACCUAUAAAUGAGAAAAUCGGAGAAGUCGCGAAGAGCUCUGUUUCCAUCCUGCAUUAAUUUUUUUGUUUGUUUAGCAAUGCAAAAGAGAAAUUAUUUAUGUAUUUUUCAGUUGUUGACGUUGCCGGACGAAAUCGAUUUAUCCGUAUCUCAAGACGCAAUGUGUUUCUUUUUUGCAGAUUCCGAGUUGCCGACACUUUUCAGCCAAACACAAUCGUUCUUGCUUAGUUUUUGCCAAAAUUACCAAAAGAAAGUUCUACACUAUAUGACGGAAGAGCCGCCUUGCCUGACCUCAGGCCCUUCGAGGCGCAGCCAGACAUGGACCUCAUCGGCAUGACCGAGGCUGAACGCCGGGUUGAGACCAAGUGCGACGAAGAACGCUACUGGGCACUCCACCACAAGGAGGACCAGGACGAGCAGUUCAGAGAGGAGGAACUGAAACGUCUGCAGCAAGCGCUGAAAGAGAAGGAGUAUAGCGCCGUGCAGUACAGCUAUGAUGAAAACUCGCAGAACUCUAAUUUAAACUGCGGCACCAACAAGGAUGAAGAGGAGGAGGAUGUCCCGUUUGUUGCUCCUCCAGAACUGGACAUCCCAGUCAACAUGGUGUUGCCGCCAAACAUGAAGCAGCACGCCAUUAUUGAAAAGACUGCCCUGUUCAUCUCGCAGCAAGGGGGCCAGAUGGAGGUGCUGCUGAAGGCCAAGCAGGCCGGCAACCCGCAAUUUGGCUUCCUCAGCUUCAAUGACGAACUGCACCCCUACUACAAAAUCGUCCUCACCGCCAUCCGCAACAACCGAUACAAAAUUAUUGAGUCAAGCGACACCAAAAAGAGCGAAUCAGGCGACGACGAGUCAGAUGACGAACACUACCUACACCCCAGCCUCGCCAGGACCACUGUGCUCGACUCUGCGCCGUCGAUCCCGAGUGUAACUUACCGUCCUAGCGCUGACUGCGCCUACUCGAUGCUAGUGAGCAAAAUCAAAGGCAAGCCCAUAGAGCUGGGCACACGACAGCCUGAGGAAGAAGUGAAGAAGAACCAGGCCCCUGUUACACCAGUUCCACCUAAGGAAGAGCCACCGGCGCCAGCGCCUCUAGUGCCUGACUCGGAGCUGCAGGUUGUUGUUGACAAAAUAGCGUCUUAUGUUGCCAAAAACGGCCCUGAAUUUGAAGCUGUCGUAAGAGGCAAAGGUGAUGCUCGGUUCGCUUUCCUUGACCCCAACCACAUGUAUCAUAUGUAUUACCGCCAAAGAACGCAACACUUUGUUGAUGAGCUGAGACCAAGAGCAAACCCCAAAAACAAAGCCUCAAUUCUUCCAGUCAGCUUCUGUAUAAAGGCGCAAGCACCGGAGGGUGUGCUGGAGAAGCGUUCGGCUUUGGAGCUGGACGGGGCUCCACGUCCACGAGCGGCGGCCGCGUACAUGGCGACGGCGCUUCAGAGCGUGUCAGACGUGCCACUGCCGCCGUGCCCGCCGCCUGAGAAGCCUGAGGUGAACUCUGAGGAGAAGGAGCGGGUGCUGGCUGCCAAGAAGCUGGCUGAAGAGCGGCUGCGGGCUAAGUUGAUGGCCGUCGCCCGCAACAAUGUUGCCUCGGCCAACAGAGAGAAGCAGGUGCAGCAGGAGCGCAAGAAGAAAGUGGCCGCCUUCCUCUCCAGGAUCGCGCUCGAGAAGCGGCAGAUCGUGAAGCCUGCCGCGCCAGUCAUGAUCGGGCCGCAGCUGCCGCUUGAGAUGCAGCUGCCCGAGCCUGAGGACGACGUCCGCUCCAUCCCGUCGCCCACGCUUUUCGAGGACAGGCCCCUGUCGCCGCCCCCACCGCCCAACAUUGGUAGCGGGUUGGGGUCCACGCCCCCACCAGCACCUCUUAUCGGGGGGACUAAAUUCGAGUCAAGAAGUAGAGACAGACAGUCAUACAACGGCAAUAGCAAAGGGCACAGCAGAAGUCGCAGUCCAAGUCGGCCCUCGCACCGCAAACACGGCAGAGGCUCUCCGAGGAACCACCGACGCAAAAGAUCGAGCUCUCGCAGUAGGAGGCACAGUAGCUCUUCCCAGUACAAACACAGCAAAAAGCGAUCUCACGACUCCUUGAAAGAGUCAAAAGACGGCAAGAAGCACAAACGGCGGCGCAGACGCUCGUCCUCGUCUAGUUCAUCCUCGUCCAGCAGUAGAGAUUCCAAAUCAAGAAGUGCAUCGCGGGAGAAGAGCUGAUUUGAGACUGUGCACCUUCAAUUAUAAUGAUCAUGUCUAUUUUUCAGUACAAAUAAAUGAACAUUUUGUUAAACAAAA